AUGGUAGCCGCCGUUCUGUUUCAUCAUCGCCUUAAUCCUCGAAUCUCGAUCGCAAAUCAUCAUCGCCGUGAAAUCCUCCACGAUGUGCUUUUGAGCAUGAGAUUUGGAUUAACGCGAGAUCUCCCUCUCAGACGAUCUUUCGCCUACUAUUCGAUCAAUUCUUCCGGAUCUCGUGAACAACAUCGGGGAAAAUCGCCGGUUACCAUGGCGACGAAUAGCGAGAAUCUUGUGAAAACUGCGACGGAGGAGACAUAUAAAGGAGAGAAUAAGAAGAAAGAGGAGGUUUCGCUUCCUCCGCCACCGGAGAAACCAGAGCCUGGAGAUUGCUGCGGUAGCGGAUGCGUCCGAUGCGUUUGGGAUGUGUAUUACGAUGAGCUUGAUGAAUACAACAAGCUCAUUAGUCCCAAAUCUGGAGAAAACAAAUCCAAUUGA